AUACCUUGGGAUUUUCUCCGGGCAUGCUCAGUAGUGCUGCCUGCCCUCCCUCCUCUCUCUAUUUCCUCUAAAGGAUGCUUGUUUGUGUGCAGCAUCCCUCUCCAGUUGGAUCUGUCGCUAGACUCUUGCAGCUCUCCUGCAGUUUCCUUAGCGGCUGCUGCUGUCCAUUCCAGAGAGGGACUCUCCGUACCUGUCUAUGUUGGAUCUGAUCAACGCUGUCUGGGAAAAGGGAUUUUAAUUCUAAAGUACUGCACCUUACGAAGCAAUAGGAAGGAACAGCAGGUGGCUGGCCACAAUGACCGGAGCAGCACGUUUAGACACCCAGUGAACCACCUCAACACAGAGGAGACACACAAACUGCAGCAGCAACUACUCUCGAACCCGGACAUGAGUGGUAAUCGGCCAGUAAGCAUCACCAGUGAGAGCACAUCCAGUCACGGCAUGGUAUCAGACCUGGAGCCCAAUGGCAGGGCCUCACGCUCCUCGAAGAAAGCCGUCACUUUUGGGAAGCGCUCCAAUUCCAUGCGUAGGAACCCCAAGGCAGAGGUCAUGAAGCAGGGCUGGCUCUACAAACAGGCCAGCAAUGGAGUGAAGCAGUGGAAUAAGCGCUGGUUUGUCUUGACGGACCGCUGUCUCUUUUACUACAAAGACGAGAAGGAGGAAGCCGUUUUGGGAAGCAUCCCUCUGCUCAGCUUUUGGAUAUCUUUGCUCCAGCCAUCAGACAACAUCAACCGGAAACACGCCUUUAAGGCCUCGUGGUGCCGGGAGGCGGAGGGAUACGGCCACAGUAACGGGAGCUCCUCGCUUUGUCCGCAGGCUGAGCACGCCGGGGUCAGGACCUACUUCUUCAGCGCGGAGAGCCAGGAGGAGCAGGAGACCUGGGUCCGAGCGAUGAGUGAAGCUGCCCAGGUCCACAUCCAGCCGACACAGAGCAACAACUCGGAGAACAUCCCCCCAGCGGUUGACAAUAUGGUGAUUGUGGCAAAGGGGGCGGAGCCUCGGCAGCGAGGGGAGGGUGACGGCCGGGGGGCGGAGAUUCGAGAGUCCAGCAAGCGAGAGCUCAACGGGGCGAUCCCUGCAGAGGCCAUGACACCCCCGACACCUAGGUCGCCCAUGACCCCUGAACUUGAUGGCAGAGGGAAGGAGAGGGGAGAAAGAAGGCAGUGCCAGCCCAACGGUUGGGGGGGACACGCCCCACAUACCUCAGCCUUCCGGCCUCAGGCACCCCGGGACCUUCGCGACUCCCGCGAGGCUACUGUGCUGCGGAGAGGGUUUGUGCCUCGCACACAGCCAGAAAGGCUUGCACAAAGGAAGAGCUCUAUGACUAAGCUGCAGCAGUGGGUGAACGAGCGAAGGAUUGUUCCACCUCCAGGGGACCUGCAUAGUCCAACCCGUUACUACUCUAUGAGCCCUGGUACCCCGACUGAGUAUUAUGGGGUGUAUGGCCCCCAGUUUGUGAACGAGUAUGGGAUGUACCCACCAGGGGUGCGCCCAGACAGCAUCUGCUCAGAGUCUGGCUUCGAGGGGGUCCCUCCCCGCUGGGCCAUGGAGGAUCGGCGUCGAUCUCUGCGGGACGGAGCCAUGUACCCCCAGGAGCGUACACGGGAGGUGGGGGUCAGGGGAGGAUACGUCUGGACAGCCCCCAACCCGGCCGCAGUGUCUCCUGCCCAGCACCCUGCCUACUAUGCUCAGUUGCAGUCUGCACAGAGCUCCCUGCAUCACCUCUCCCUGCAUCCUCGCUCACGCUCUGUGCCCCGCUCAGCCUCCUCCUCUCAGGGUCCUUACCCCCCUGGCUCCCGAACCUUCUCCCCCGUGCGUUCCCCCAGCGCCCGCUUCGAGAGGGGCCACCACAGAGAUGGCCACAUAUACGCAGACCCAGCUGCUCACACCAUGAGGCGAUCCAUCAGCUCACCAAAGUACGAGUAUCCCCGGGACAGAAGGUCAAUAACCCAGGAAAUGUACCGCUACAACUACCCUGCCUCCCCGUCUUUGCAGGACAAAAUGGAGGAUAUCCUAGACCUGCAGUUGCAGAGAAAUCUGGAAUACCUUGAUCAGCAGGUUUCUCCAUAUCACGAAGUCUACAGGGACAUGCUGCCAGCCUACAAGACCAACGAAAUUGAUAUUGAUAAACUCCUGGGCCAGCUGUGUGAACAGAACCGGAUCCUAAAAGACAAGGAGGCAACUGUGCAGAGCCUGCGAGUAGACAAGGAUGGUCUGGAAGGAGCUCUGGUUGCCACUCACCAAGAGCUGGACCUGUACCGGAAUCAGCCAAGCAUCGUAGACAAGCUGCAGCUCAAGAAAGAGGCUCUACAGAACCAGUUGAUCAACAUCCGUGGGGAGCUGUCACAGGCCUCCAGUGUUCUGGCGACGGCACAGAUGGAGUUUGAGGUUCUGGAGGACGAGGUGGGGGCCGUGCACAGCGAUCUCUGGGAGCAGCUUCAUGCAGGAGGGCAGAACGAACUCCUUCACAGACACACACAGAAGGAGUUCUGGAGGAUCCAGGAUGUGCUAGAGGGUCUACACAAGAACAACCCCUCCCGGGGGACUGACACCGCCAAGUACAGAGCGACCAGCGGGGCAUCUGGGUCCUUCAGCACGAACAGCCCAGCCAGCCCUCUCAGCUCCGUCAGCCUGACCAGCCCGUUGAGUCCCUUCUCUCCAGUCUCGGGGUCUCAGGGCUCCCCCAUCAAGCAGGUCAUCAUUGAGUCGAAGUUCAGUUUCCGAUCAGAUACUCCGCCAGCAGAGAAACCCAGCCCUGGAGAGUCAGAGCUGAACAAUCAGAACAAAGCGGGUGUUAUUCCUCCCAGGACCAAGUCUCCUUUCAAAGAGGAGACAAGCUCUCCGUCUCUCAACCGCAGACGCGACAACAUCAAACUGCACAAUGGACACAUCUCUCAGGAGCGCCCAAAGAGCGCUGUGUUCCCUGCCGAGGUGAAGAUGAAGAUGAGCGUGAAGGAGCAGAAUGAGAGGAUCAAGCGACACCAGAGCAGCUCAAUGCGUGAGAAGAGAAACAGCCUGCAGCUUUCUAAUAACCAGCAGAUUGAUGGGAUCAAGCCUGCCGUCAACUACAGAGUGGUGCGGCGACGGCUGACCUCUCACGAGGUGGACAUCAAGGACCUGGAGGCAGCGGUGCGAGGGCAGGGGAUGGAGUCUCCGCGGGAGGAGAUCGCUCGACUGCGCCGGGUGGAGAUCGAACCCGAGCACUACAACGUGGACAUCAGCAGAGAGCUAUCGACGCCAGACAAAGUCCCCAUUCCAGAGCGAUACCUGGAUAGUGACCCUGACCUACCCCUCAGUCCAGAUGAAAUCCGCGAGAAGAAGAAGAAGGUGCAGCGCAUCAAGACCCUCAUCGCCAAGUCCAAUUUACAGAACAUCGUGCCUCUGCUGGACGGCCCAGCGGAUGGGCAAGCCGACACAGAGCAGCAGCGGCAGGAGCAGGAGAAGCGGAUCGAGAUCUCGUGUGCUCUUGCUACUGAGGCGUCCCGACGCAGUCGCCUGCUCUCUGCUCAAUGCGUUACCCCCAGCCCUCCAACCUCCCCGACUGACCCGGCCCCUCCCCCUAUCGCUGACCUCACUGACUCCUCCAACUUCAUGAAGGUCUAAGUCUGCACAGCUCAGGCCCUGUCUGCUGUGAAGUUCCACGGAUCAACGUUCUGAGCGCUUAAAGAUCGCCAAAAAAAAACAAAAGAAGCAAAAUGAAAAGAACAAACCCUUUUUUCCAGAGAGAGUAUAUUUUUUCAUUCAUUUAUUUUACAGCUGUACGAGAAUUUUAAAAACAAUCUCAACACCUGGAAGCCCAGGAGACUUCGAACCUUAUAAACUGGGAAGCAGGAGGAACUGCUUGUCAUGCUGUCCCUCCCACCACAAGGGGGCACCAGAAUCGUCUGGUACAGCUAUCCUGCCUUUUUGGUCUCUUACCGUACAAGAAACCAGCCAGACUGGAGGGAUCUACAUCUGCUUUAGAAAUGGUUUGCAGUUGGGAGUAAGAUAUUUGGUUUGAGAACUACAAGCUCCCCCUGUUUUUCUGUGGAGAGAUUUGAACGCGCAAUUUGUCCCCCAAAACUUUUGAAGUAGCGGGAAAAUUUUUCAUGCAGACCCCGUCCUUAAAGUCUGGAAUCGCAUAUUCUGACUACGAAGCUGAAUUAGGGUUAGUGGGGCUCCCUGUGAAAGGUGCAGUACUGUCUGUCUCACUCUGGGAUGAAAAACUUUGGAGUCAACUAAAUGCACCCAGCAUCUCUGUGGACCUCUGACCGCACAAUAUGCAUCCCAGUCCUUCGUGUACUCUAGACCAGAGCUUUGGCUGUGCUUUCUUGGUAAAUGAGCUUUACAAACAGGAUUGAAACUGAACCAGUGUGCAAACUGCCCCCCAGUCCUUUUUCUACUGGUACCAACACACCAGCAGCCAUGGGUUCAGUCUCGUUGACUGGAACAUAAUGCAAAAUGCAGACUGUAGCAACUGCAUAAGCACAGACUGAACCUGUCCAUUCCAGCUUCAGUUGUGUGUGUGUGUGCGGGAGGUGAUUUGCUCAGUGCUCUUUUAUACACAUCUAGAUCUCUCAAGUCUAAGGCUUUCACGUUAAAUAGGGCUUGUUGCCAACUGUGAAUGUUUGUUGAUGUCCAUGCAGCACCUCCCAGCACUUUCUUUCAUAAGUCUAUAAUGAUAAAACAUAUAGAGCUAUAAUAGAAUAUAAUUAUAUACGUAUCUUUUGCAUUGAAGCAGUCUUGAUGUUACACAGUGCACAUGUUACAGCAGUAACUAAUAACAAUAAGCUACAAACAUGAUGUUAUUGCUAAUUGCUGUAAAAGAAAAGGAGUGAAAAAGAAGUGACCUUAGAAUAUUAAGCUUGCUAGUUCAGUGAUAUAAUUAUACCAACGCCUGCUCUAUAAAGAUGCAUUGUUUUAUGUUGAUCAUUAAUGGUCUCCUGUGAUGACGUCAGUUUUAUGUUAACUCCGAGAUGGGUCACCAGCUUACAUUCCAAGUACCUGAGUUAAUAGCGACAAGCUUGUCAAUGCUUUUGGCUGCUGUCUUGGGCUUCAUCUGCCUUAUCCUUACAUUCAAAGACCUAUCGUCAGUGUAUAAGGAAGGACAAAAGGAGAAACCGCCACUUAACCCUGGCCGAAGCAUUUCCAUAACGCUACUCUUUCAACUUCUACAGUCCUGUCAACUUGUCAGCAAAGCCUGACUAGAAAUAUUGUAAGUGGAAGAAACAACUCAAGAUUCACAAACCCUGAUUAGUGCAAACCAGCUGACAUCACUGAUUUAGUGGUAAAAUAAAAUAAUCUGGUAUUGAAAAGUGAAUUAUUUUAAAAAGGCGAUCUCUAAAAAUGAGAUAUUGCAACAGUAGCCCCAUGCCUGUUGCGGACAGUUCAUCUGUGACCUUUGCAAUUAAGCUGUUGGCCUAUCCUAAAUCCAAAACCAUUCCUUUGUAAUCCAGGCAAAGCAAUUCUAAAACUCAGGCGUAGGUCCAACGUUUUAACUGUUGGGUUUAAACUGCAUUCUCCAUUUCUGUUUCCCUUCUGGUGUGCUGACUUGCCUACCUGUCACAUUGAAAAGAGCUGUCGUCUUUAAAUUCCUGUGAAUACUUUCAUUGUUUAUAGCUAACCUGAAGAUGUACGUAUUUAAAAGCAAAACAAAUUCCUUAUUAUUAUUUUUAUUUUUGAAGGAGUUUUAAUAAAUCAUAGCAGCAAACCUUAA